AUGCCACUAACCGGUGCGGACGUCACUGCUGCAGCCGGAGCGCGCUUUGCUUGUGUCUCGCUCCCGCGAGAGAUUAGAGCAGGCCGGGGUUAAGAUGGCGGCGCCCGUGCUGAGAGUGUCUGUGCCGCGGUGGGAGAGCGGGGCCCGGUAUGCCGUGUGCGUUCUCGGUGUCGUUAUAUCCCUCUAUGCUUUCCACGUGGAGAGAGAAAAGGAGCGGGACCCCGGCUACCAGGCCAUGUGCGACCUUAACGAGUGGGUGCGCUGCUCCACCGUCCUCUCAUCCAGAUGGGGUCGAGGAUUUGGACUUUUUGGGUCCAUAUUUGGAAAAGAUAGUGUAAUGAAUCAACCAAACAGUGUCUUUGGUCUUAUAUUUUAUCUACUACAGAUGCUGCUCGGUAUGACAGUGAGUGCGGUAGCAGCACUAGUGUUAAUGAGCUCGUCUAUAGUGUCGGUAGUAGGCUCCCUCUACCUAGCAUACAUACUGUACUUUGUACUAAAGGACUUCUGUGUUAUCUGCGUCACCACCUAUUUGCUGAACUUCAUUCUCCUUAUCAUCAAUUACAAACGAUUAGUUUACUUGAACGAGGCCUGGAAACAGCAACUGCAGGAUAAACAAGAAUGAGAGGCCUCCCGAACUUUGGCUCACGUCUGAAGGACACUGCUUCCUUAAAGUUUAUUUUGCAGUACAAUUGGUUGGGGGACAGACUGUUUCCAAGAACAAUCUUAACCAAUGUUUUUUUUACUUUUGACCGAAAGGGCCCUGGAUAUUUGUAUGUUUGCAAUGGAGCCUCCCAUUUGAAAUGGCUGGAUGAAGGAGCGAUAAUGAAUAAAACAGAAAAAAAGGA